AUGGAUGUCGAAUUAUCAGAUUUUGAUACAGGUGAUAAUAAUCUAGUAAUAGAGGAAUUUUUUGAUAUUCAAACCUUUGAAGAACAAACUGCAAUUGAAAAAAGAUCAGAUCCUCAAGAAAAUACCAAUAUCAAUAAAGAUUG